AUUUGUCAAAUUAUUCAUCUCAACUCUCAAGUGAUCAGAAUUGAUCAUAAAUCAUAAAUCACGCACUUAUAUAUUAUAAGAACGAUUUAAGAUUAUCCUACCUUUAAUUAUACAAUUGUAUAUAAGAGUUUGAGACCGUGAUCAUAGUAUUUUUUAUGUUAUUUUUAUCUCGAAAUAUUAUAUUUUAGUCAUUAGUGUUAUAAGACAUUAGUUGUAAAUUAAAACUUCUAAAACAACUACUUUUUAAAAAUUAAAUUAACCUAAUUGUAAUUUUUUAUGAACUACGAAGAGAUAUUUAUGCUAAUAAUUGAACUAUAAAUAUUACUCAGAUGUUCAAAUUGGAUAAAAAGUAACACUUUAGUGCUUUGCAGUGACCAUUGAACUAUUAUGAUCAUGAAUGUUAAAUUUGAUAACGACAAGACAUCAGUGACUCUAUUACAAGAUGUUUUAAACAAACAAGGAAUCCGCUCUGUUCAGUAUGAACUACUUCAAAUUGAAGGUGCAGUAUGUGCUCCAUCAUUCCAAUAUCGAGUUACAGAUGGAAGAUUUGUCGCUUAUGGUCAAGGGAAGUCGAAGAAAGAAGCCAAACAAAACGCAGCCAAGAGUUUAUUACGAGUUAUCAGCCAACAGUUUCCUGAUUUGUGUGCAGCCGCCUCGCUAGACUUGAGUAUUGAUAGUCCUUCAGAUUUAACGGAAAACUUUGAGGAAAUGAAUUUUGGGGAUAAUGAUGAACGUAAUCCAAUAGGUUUGUUACAAGAGCUUUGUACAUCUCUUCAUCUUCCUCCGCCAGUUUAUAUAACGGAAAGCGAAGACGGACUUCCUCAUCAACGUCUGUUUACUGUUUCUUGUAACGUUUCCGAGUACAAACAGGUUGGCGUGGGGAAGUCAAAAAAAAUCGCUAAACGUUUAGCUGCCAACAAACUUUACCUAAUGUUACACAAAAUGCAAUCCAAUGUGACCCAGAACACGCGUGCAGCUGAUAAUGUAGACGAUUUUGUACGCCUAGAAUCAAGUAGUCUGAGUGGACUGAAGAAUUCAAAAUCUAGUUCUCAAUUUCACAAAUUACCAGAAAUUCACAAACAUUUACCUUUGGGUGACGGUCCUUGUUUUAAAGAGAUCAAAGAAAUGACUGAUGAUGCAUUGUGUUCUUGUAAUGCCAAAAAAAUUUUAGAGAAUUUCAUGACUGAACAAAAUCUAAAAGCUACAUUUAUCGAUUUUGAAGAAACAUCCUUUAAUGGACAAUUCCAAACAUCCCUUCAAAUUUCUACUCCAAUAACAGUAGCAUUUCAUGGUGAAUCUCGUUUUAAUUACGAAGAAGCACAACAGGACGCUGCUUAUAGAUCAUUACUUUUUUUCAAAACUAUUUUAAAGAACUUUGUUUUAAAAACCUAAAUAUACUAAUAUUAAAUUUGUUAUUUAAAUUUUUUAAACUUUUUGUAUAUGUGAUCAUCCAUUUAAAUUGCUAACGUUAUUGAUACUUGUACAUCUCUAAAAACAUACUUAUUUUAAUUUAAGUUGUGUGUAGCCAAUGAGACUGAAGGCAUAUAUUAUAUAAUAUUCACUUUUCCUGUUUGUCUAUUAAUUUGUUUUAACAA